AAAAUGAGUAGGCCUAUAUGUGUGAAGACCAUUUAUUGAUUUCUUUAAAUGUACAUUUACACGUAACAGCCUGCCAUUAUACACACACCCGUACAGUAAAUAUAUUUACAAACACUUUAUAGAGAGAGAGAGAGAACAAGAACAUAUGAAUUAAUUGUAUUUAUCAGCAAAACAGCCAGGUGGCGUUGUGAACACUAAGGUCCACUGCCAGCAAAGUGGCUGGGGCUCAAAGUAAAAGUAAAAGUAAAAGGACAAGAAGGGAAAUUGCAAUUUAGAUGAAAAAGUUAACUGGCCUGCAGAUGAAUAAAUAAAUCAUAAGAAGUACAACACUGGUCAUUACUGAGCACACAACUCAAUACUUACCACAUAUAGAAAGGAGAUGGAAACCAUUGGGGUUUUGAAAUGUAAGAAAGGUCCAGAUCCUCUAUGUCUGCUUUUUGGUCCAACAGACUGAAUAAAAACAUCUAAAUGGUUCAGAUCUGUGUUUAAUGAAUGAAUGUAGUGAUAUCAGACCCUUUAGUGUCCUCUAUUGGCCAGAAAUGACAGUGACACCCAUAGCUGCUUCCUGAGUGUAAAGCUACAGGCGUGGCUGCAGGUGAUCACUGUACUGAGACACAUCACAGGAAGAGACCAAGAUUAAAGGACGCUGCUGUAAGUCUGAGAAAAUUACAAAUAAUACUAACAACAAAUCUUCCUUAUGUUAACAUAAUAUCUUGAAAUGUUUCAGGGCGGCGUCCAUUUUAAUCUACAAACAAGGUAUGAUCUUGCUUUUGUUUUCUAUUAUGCACCUGUCCUUUGUUAUCAAGCCGAAUGGGAACAUGUUGACUGCUGACAGUAAAUGAGUGCAUGGUGAAACUUACCAUUAAAAACAUACAAAUAUUGAUAUAUUAAAAAUAUAUCUUUAAAAUAUUCAACAGCAUGCCUGAGGAUACAAAUUAGUACUUUGUAGCUAUCUAAAGAUUGACUUAUAUUUAAUUUUUAAAGUUUUUAAUUUUUAAAGUUUUGUUUACAUAUUAAGUGGUAAAGAAAGCUUUUACAAAUGUAAAAGUCAGAAAUUAAGAUUUUUUCAAAUUAUUUUUGAUGUUUUCCUCGUCUCAGAAUGAUGGCCGAGGUCUUCAAAAAAUUCUGCGUCACAGUUUAUUUUGACAUAAUAGUCUGUAUUAUUACACAAAAAAACAUUAUUCACACUCCGUUUUAGCUUUUAUGUCGAUAAACAAUGUACCUGUUCAAAAAAAAAGAUGCAGUUUGUUCGGCUUUGAGCAGUUUGGCUGAUUUGAAUGAGCAUUUGCAUCAAACCUGAUGUUUUCAACAGUCACAUGAAGGAGAAUGAAAACACGUUUGUUUUUCUCCUCAUAAAUGAUAAAUGUGUUGAUUAUUUAUACUAUAAAUAAUCAAAAUGUAUUUUAAAUCACAUGCGCUUUCAUAAUACCAAAUAGCGAAAGUAAGGCCAAAGGCGAGGGCCGAGUCAGCUUUAUGGUGCUUUGUGAACUGUGCAUGUCUGCGUCCUUCCAUUUUUUAUUAGCACAGAGACCAGAGUCCUCUGGCAUUGCAGGAAGUUGUGUUUAUGGCUGCAGGUGUUUUUCGAAACUUGAUUGUAUGGGCAAUGAUGUCAUGUUCUAUGCCAGCAACAGACAAAGGCACACCCAGUGUCCUCAGGUCACAUGGCCUGUGUGUUUACAGAGUGAUAGUAGUUCGUUGAAAGCAAUAGCUACAGGACCAGGUCACGUGAGACCACAAAGGGCAGGACGCAAUAACAAAGUCCUCUUCCUCCACACAAACAAAAUAAAGAACCGCAGCAGAUAAAGGAAAUAGAACACGGAGUUUAGGCAAAUGCAUGGUUAUAUGUGAUGCAAGAGACGGCUGAAUUAGUUUCAUAAACAUGAUCGCACACCUUUCAGAACACAAUGGUGGAAGAAACGAAACAGCGGAAAAACGCCACAUCCCUCCAGGCUGGACCUGGUGAGGUAGACCACAACACUCGCUGUAACAUCGAUAUGAGAGUUUCCCAGCGUAUUGGACGACAGCUGGCUCUGAUAGGGGACGAAUUGGACUACAAAUGGCGUGAACAACUGCCCCUCCAAUGGCAGCCCCUGAAUUUUGGGAUUUAUCCUUAUGUCCUAACCAGGAGAGCGUUCUCUGGGAUCUUCAACAAUGUCUGGGGGUCCAAAAUUAUGCCAAUGUUGAGGACAUCCUGGCCGGUUCCACAGCUUCAAAAUGGCUGUCAGGAGGCCAAGAAGUGGGCAGCCUUGGUAUCCAACUUGCACGUUUCUGACUGGUCUCGCAGGACCACAUACAUAUUUGCGUCUGCUUUACUUCUGGUCACUGUGUCUAUCUUACUUAUAACUUGGAACGAAUACGAAGGCUGAAUGUGACAUUGAGGGGGUCAAGA